AUGGAUGAUCAAUCUUGUAGAGAUAUGGAUGCCAGCGCAAACAUCGUCAACAGUGGUGAAGCAUCUCAUCACGACAAUGCCUUUAACGAGCAUCCCCACGAUGGAGAGAAAAGCCCAUUUCCUGACACCCCGGAAGCGCCUCAAAUUGCAAUAUGCGGUAUUGCAUUGCGUCUUCCAGGAGGAAUAAGCAACUGCCAAGAUUACUGGGACCUGUUAUACCAUGGCCUCGAUGCUAGACGUCCCAUUCCCAACAGCCGCUUCAACAUCAAUGGAUUUAACGACAGCCUUGGAGGUAAAGACUCCAUCAAGACCAGACACGGCUAUUUCAUCGAGGAUGACCUCUCGCGCCUUGACACGUCUUUCUUCUCAUUGACUAAGAAUGAACUUGAGAGAGUUGAUCCGCAGCAACGACUGCUGCUGGAAGUAACGCAUGAAUGUCUUGAAGAUGCAGGGGAGAUUACUUAUCGUGGAAAGCAAGUCGGUUGCUACGUUGGCACUUUUGGGGAUGAUUGGUUGAUCAUGAAUACCAAGGAGCCUCUCCAAGGAGGAUUAUACGCUACGACUGGAGGUGCAGAUCUCAUGAUGGCCAAUCGCAUCUCGUACGAAUAUGACUUUCAAGGACCAAGCCACGCUGACACAUUGAGUAGCAUGGUCAUAAAGACGGGAUGCUCCAGCUCAGCAGUAGCGCUCCACGAAGCGUGUCGCGCCAUCCAAAGAGGCGAUGCCUCAAGCGCAAUUGUUGGAGGCGCCAACAUGAUCAUGACACCAGCACUGACAGCAACAAUGUCAUCUGGUGAAGUGCUCGCCCCGGAUGCAUCAUGCAAGACCUUCGACGCCGCCGCCGAUGGCUAUGCUCGUGCAGAAGCCAUAACAGCUGUUUACAUCAAGCCCCUGUCUGAUGCUAUCCGCGACGGCAAUCCGAUAAGAGCUAUUGUCAAAGGCACAGCUGUGAAUUGCGAUGGGAAAUGUGUCAGCCUCGUCACCCCAAAUGGGGCGGCUCAUGAAGCUCUGAUGAGAAAGGCGUACUGUGAUAAUGGGCUCGAUCCGAAGGAUACUGCAUUUGUCGAGUGCCAUGGUACUGGGACACCAACGGGGGACCCUAUUGAGGCUACAGCGGUAGGGAAAGUCUUUGGGGGAGAAAAGCGGGUUUUGAUCACUUCAGUCAAGCCAAAUCUCGGGCAUUCAGAGGGUUCCGCAGGGUUAUCUUCUGUCAUCAAGUGUGUUCUCGCUCUGGAGCAUCAGAUGAUCCCGCCCAAUAUCAAACUUGUGAACCCCAACCCUAAUAGUAAGCCUACCAUGCCUUCAUCGUUCAUGAUUUUUUAA